GAUGGGGAAGUGGGUCCCAAAACCUCGUCUUUAUUGUUAGCUGCUAAACACGUCUGUUGCUGGGUGUUGGGUUUUCGAUCUCUCCCUCUUCUAACUCUGUUGGUUACGUAACUGCAUCAUCUUCCAUGUCUUCCACCUCUGCUUCUGCAAAACCCCGAGAUGUUUGUAUUGUUGGUGUUGCACGGACGCCAAUGGGUGGUUUCCUUGGUGCCCUAUCAUCUCUUUCAGCGACAGGGUUAGGAUCAAUUGCUAUUAAGGCUGCUCUCAAGAGAGCAAAUGUUGAUCCAUCGCUUGUGCAAGAGGUGUUUUUUGGGAAUGUUCUUAGUGCAAAUUUAGGGCAGGCUCCUGCCAGACAGGCUGCAUUAGGUGCAGGAAUACCUACAUCUGUGAUCUGCACUACUAUUAACAAGGUGUGUGCAUCAGGGAUGAAAGCUACCAUGCUUGCAGCACAGACCAUACAAUUUGGUUUCAAUGAUGUUGUUGUGGCUGGUGGUAUGGAAAGCAUGUCAAAUGCACCUAAGUACAUUGCAGAAGCAAGGAAGGGAUCUCGGUUAGGACAUGAUACUAUCAUUGAUGGUAUGCUCAAAGAUGGCCUUUGGGAUGUCUAUAAUGACUUUGGCAUGGGGGUUUGUGCAGAACUCUGUGCAGAUCAACAUCUCAUAACAAGAGAUGAGCAGGACUCCUAUGCCAUUCAAAGCUUUGAGAGAGGAAUAUCUGCACAAAAUGCUGGUCAUCUUGCUUGGGAGAUAGUUCCGGUUGAAGUUUCCAAUGGAAGCGGGAAGCCUUCCACACUUGUCGAUAAAGAUGAAGGUUUGGGGAAGUUCGAUGCUGCAAAAUUAAAGAAACUUAGACCAAGUUUUAAAGAGGUUGGGGGUUCUGUUACUGCAGGCAAUGCUUCUAGUAUAAGUGAUGGAGCUGCUGCAUUGGUACUAGUGAGUGAAGAGAAGGCACGGGAGCUUGGAUUGCAUGUAAUUGCAAAGAUAAAAGGAUAUGCAGAUGCAGCUAAGGCACCUGAAUUAUUUACGACUGCUCCUGCCCUUGCAAUACCAAAAGCAAUAUCAAAUGCUAGCCUUGAGGCUUCACAAAUUGAUUUUUAUGAAAUAAAUGAAGCUUUUUCAGUUGUGGCUCUUGCAAAUCAGAAGCUUCUUGGUAUUAAUCCAGAAAAACUUAACGUACAUGGUGGAGCUGUAUCAUUGGGGCAUCCAUUGGGUUGCAGUGGAGCUCGCAUCUUAGUUACAUUAUUAGGGGUAUUGAGACAUAAGAGAGGGAAGUAUGGUGUUGGUGCCAUCUGCAAUGGGGGAGGAGGAGCAUCUGCUCUUGUCCUUGAGCUCAUGCCAACCAGGGUGGGACGUUCUUUAUUAUGACAAUGAUAUCCUCACAUCAUACUGCCUUGCAACACUUGUACAAUUUUUGUUUUUUGAAGGACAAUACAUAAUAAGUUUGGUUAAAGGAAGAAGUGGCUUUAGUACUGCUUUACAACUAUUUGCAGUUAUGUCUUUGGCAAAUACUAACCAGUGUUUUAACUUUUAAGGGCGCUGGUUAUGAAGUGCAGUGUAUCAUAACACAAUUUUCAAUAAAAAAAUUUCAAUUUUUAUU